AUGCCCGCCCGCCAGGACGCCUACUCCGUCUCCAUCCCCAUCUCUCCUCCUCCCCCGAGCGAUCUGUCGACUUACAUGCGCUCGAUGCACCAACACACCAAGCGCCAGAUGGAGGCUGCCAAUCGCUCAUCGUCGCGGAGAUCGGGAGGCCGCACUUCCUACCCCAGCCACUCCCACGGCCACUCCUCCAGUCCCGACUACAGCUCAUAA